GUUUGACUGUGACUUACUUGGUACUCUUGUUUGGAUUCUCUUGAACAGCAGAUGAAGUCCAGGAUAAGGGCAACACGAUAACAAUUCCAAGUGUCUGAACUCUCUAACCAGGCAGAGCUCAAGAGCACCGUCUUCUGGCAGAAAAGAAAACAUCUGUAGGGAUUUAGAUGGAUUACAUUGUAACAACUUCAUCUAAUCCCUCCAUUUACUGACGCAAGACAGCUUUUGUGUAACCUUUUGGUAUAUUUCUCACAGCUCCUACUGCCAAAACACUAAACAAAAAUGACUUUAUAGCCACUGACUGCAGGAGAAACAGAAGAAAAGCAACAUCAAGCAUGGAGGCUGUGACUUCUCAUGCAGGGGCUCUCCCUUCCACAUCCAUGACCCCCACCUCCCCUUCUCCCUCAUCUCAUGGAUACCUGCAGUUCUUCUGGGAAUAUCAGGAAAAUUCUGUCAUUGUGGAGCAUUACAACUACACUGGCAAGCUGCAGAAAGACCGCUACCGUGAGGGGCUCAAACCUGAGGGCAUUGCAUUCCUGGUGGUGUGUCUCCUCAUCGUCCUGGAGAACGCUGUGGUUCUCAUCGCCAUUUGGAAGAACAAGAAGUUCCACCUGCCCAUGUAUUACCUGCUGGGAAAUCUGACUCUGUCGGACUUGCUGGCCGGGAUUACCUAUAUGGCCAACAUCAUCAUGUCAGGACCUAAUACGUUGAAACUGACACCACUGCUGUGGUUCCUUAGGGAGGGAGGGGUCUUCAUCACUCUGGCUGCCUCUAUCAUCAGUCUGCUGGCCAUUGCAAUUGAACGUCAUGUCACUAUGGUGACUAUGAGGCCAUAUCACGGGGCAAAACGAGGACGGAUGUUGGCACUAAUUGGUGCUAGUUGGGCCCUGGCAGGGUUUUUAGGAGUUCUCCCAAUUUUGGGAUGGAACUGCAUUCACAGACUGGACCAGUGUUCAACGGUGCUUCCGCUUUACGCCAAAAGCUACAUCCUUUGCUGUGUGUCUGUGUUCAGUGCAGUGCUUCUGGCCAUCGUGGUUCUUUAUGCCCGGGUUUUCCGCAUCGUCCGCACCAACACACAGCGCCAGCGGCUGGGUCUGUCAGGCAGCAUGAGGAAGGGCUUAGCGAGGAAGUCACAGAAGUACAUCGCCCUCCUCAAGACAGUCACCAUUGUGCUGGGUGUCUUCAUUGCCUGCUGGCUGCCCCUCUUCCUCCUCCUCCUCCUGGAUUUUUUCUGCCCCACCCGCAGCUGCAACCUCCUCUACAAGGCUGAUUACUUUCUGGGAGUGGCUAUGGUCAAUUCGCUCCUCAAUCCCAUCAUCUAUACUCUGACGAGUAAGGACAUGAGGAGAGCCAUCCUGCGGCUGCUCUGUCGGCCGUGUCUGAUGACCAGAGAUGGACAGGUGAAGAAGAUUGGGAUGCCAUUCUUGGAGUGCAGCUUCAGCAAAACUGAGGUGGCCUCUCAGAAGUUAGAGGGGGGACUGGAAACAACCAUUUCCUCUGGGAACAUUAUCACCACUCCAUCUCCAAUUAAAGCUCUUUAUCCCAAACUCUUCAAGUCAUAAGAACGCAGACUGAGUCCAGAAGUGUCUGAAUGGGUUUCCCACUAAACAGAGCACGCGUAGCACAUCUUCCAUAGAGAGGAAGCAGUUGUAGUAUUGUCGAUUCUGGAGCAAGCCAGAAACGGAGAACGGCAUGAAAUGUGAUAGAGGCACAAAAGACUCAUGUUUAGACAAAUGCCUCUCCUUUGACAAGUCAAAAGUGGCAAAGUUGCAGCAAUAUAACUGCAUCAGCAAAUUUCAUUACAACAUAAUUACAAAGCCAAAGACCAUAUAGAUGGCACUCAAAUGUGAACAGACUUUUUUAAACAGACUUUUUUUUGAUGAGUCCCUUUAACUAAUUUGCACUGAAGUAUCACAAUGAACGGAAAAGCAACUUUAGAUACAAUUUCCUGUGGUUCUGUAGUCUGUGUUGAUGCCUAGAAGGGAACUCAAAGACUGUUGUGGUGACAUACAAAAGCGCAAAUCUGACAUUCUCUUCCAAACUUGCUGGACUCGUGGUGAACAGGUGUAGUUGGCUUUUUCCUUUUUCCCUUUUUUGCAGUUUCUUAUUGAAGUGCCUUAAAUAUACAGCACAAAUACUCCUAAUACUUGUAGUGUAUAAUGUGUGCAUGUGUAGACACCUGGUUUUCGCUGGUUCGAAGGCCCAUGGUGUACUAAAAUUUGUCUAAACAAAAUCAUGUGGAAAACCCCAACACAUUUUUGUGUACAUGAUGCAGGGACACAGACAGAUAAUAAGAAGAGGGAGGCAACACUCCCGCUUAGCUUCUUGCAAAGGGUGCUUGCUGAAGACUGCUGUGGCAAAGAGGUGGGAGGAAAAGUGCGCAUUUGAAAAACAAAAGCAGUUUUGAAAUGACAGGUGGUUUACAUAUCUGUUGUUGAAGUGGAAAGUUGUUGUGGUUUGUGUCCGAUUUUUUAAAAUGUCAGUCUGGCAUCUGCAGUGAAGCUGCUACAACUCCAAAUUUUCAGCAUGCCUAUAUCUAUCGUGUGAUUAACUGACUGAUGCAACAAAUAAGUCUUUCCAUUGCGAAAGGCUAAUAGUUUAACUUCAGUUGAGAUCAAAACAGCUGCAAUUACACCACAUGUUUAAGUAUAGACCCAGUAAAUUAUUGCAAGAUUUAUAAAUCAAAUUACAAAUAAAGUUGUGAUGUUGUGAAUCGUCAUCAUUCUUCAGGUGUUUUAAGGACAAGAAUGUGCCUGCACUUGAAAGCUAAAAAAUGUGGAAUCAUGGCAGACUCAGAGUGCAACUAUGCCAAUACUUCAGUUCAUUAUUCAUCAUGAAAAUUUCUGGGUGUAGUUUAAGGAACUGGAUUAUCUUAAUUAUAAAAUGAGUUUGACGUCAGUCUUUUUAUACACGUUUUAAGUGCAUUCUUUCCAGAUCUUCCUUUUAAUAUUCUUUUUUGUACUGAAAAUUCAUGUAGUGAACUUUAUGUGUUUUUGAAGACAUUUCUACCACAUCUGUAUUGUAAAUUAUAGCUAUUUUUGUAACAA